AUGCUAAUCACUCGCCGGCAAGUGGCGCCGCGCCUGCUGGUGGGUCUCAUCCUGCGCCUGCUGGUCGGCGAUGCACUGGCGCUGAGCGGCGCGAGCACGCCCCCCCCGGGCAACGCCUUCCUGCUCUCGUUCGGCGCGAAUACUGGCGCCAUUCGGACGCUCAUCGGCGGGGCGCCCGUGACGGGGUCGCUCAAGCCGCGGGAGACCUACGCCCUCGAGUUUGCCGUGCAAGAGGUCAACGGCGUCAUUCCGGACGUGGCGCUGGCGGUGGAGGCGGUCGACGGCUCGGGCGACGUGGAUUUGAGGUGCAAGCCGCUGGGGAGACCGGAGGAAGGGGACGGAGGGGGCCAGAGGGGCGGCUGGGCGUCCAAUCACACCUCCGGGCGGGACUACAUUUUCAUCUCGUCGGCGCGGCGCGACUUUUCUGUGUUGAGCAUAACGGUGGGCGGCGGGGCCAGGACGGUGCGGGGCGCGGCGUUCUCAUGCUCAGUGGUUGCCCCCCAUGUUGCAGAGGCAGAAGACGGCACGAUCAAGUUUGAGCUGUCGAUGGUUGUGGACUACACGCCGCGCAGGCUUGUGGCGGACGAACGACAAGCGCUAUCAUCCAUUUUUGACAAGUGUUGCAGAUCUGUAGUAGAUUGUACCCCUUGGCGACGAUGGCAGGGAGACUUGUGCCAUUUAGACGACAACGUGUGCGAUGGCGAUGGUCGCCUCCUGCGACUCAGCAUGCCUGGCUAUGGGCUCAGGUGCGAUUUCCCAAGCCAGGAGAUAUCCAACCUCUCUAGGUUGGAAAAGCUAGAGCUAGGGUGGAAUGCCAUUCGGGGUGACAUUCAUAAGAUCGUCAAAGAGCUGACGUCCGCCCCAGCCAUCGAGCACCUGGGGUUGUCGAAUAAUGCCAUCAUGAGCGCCCGCAGGGUGGGCGCAGCAGACCUGAUGGAAGCAUGCUCAACCCUGAGGACAGGCAACCUGUCCUUCUUGGACCUUCGGGACAACAAAAUAGAGGAUAUUCUUUCUCCGUGCAUGUUCUCUCCGGACAGCAUGCUGGCUGUGCUGCACGUCGAUGGCAACCCACUCAAUGGGACACAUCUGCCAGACACCUUUUCCUCGCAGUCCAAGAUACGAGUGCUGACUGCCUCCAAGGCCGGCAUCAGUGGCAGCAUUCCGAAUUCAGUAGCAGAUGCACAUCUGCGUUGCCUGGACCUCUCAGUGAACAACAUUGAUGGCAACAUCCCCGAGGCGCUCGGUGGGUCCCCCGUGCUGGAAUGGGUGAACCUUGGGAGAAACAAGCUACAGGGCGCGGUGCCGGCCGCCCUCGCAACGUCCAAGACUCUCAGGGUGCUCUGGCUCCACCGGAACACCCUCUCGGCACUCCCCCAGGAAUGGAUCGACGGCCCGGAGGCGUCCAAGGCGCUCAUGGACGUCAUACUGGCUCGGAAUCAGAUCCAGGGGCCCUUUCCCCUGGCCCUGGCGCAGGCAAGCAGCCUGUUGCGGCUGCACAUCGGGAGGAAUUUCAUGGGCGGCCGGUUGCCCGAGGAGGAGGGGCUCUUUCCGCGGGCAGCUUAUGUGGACGUGUCCAAGAACGUGUUCGUGGGCCAGUUCCCUUACAAGUGGGGCACCAUUGGCAUGUUCGCCGGUUUAAAUGGCACCGGGGCCAGGCUGGCGUGGGUGAACAAGGCCAACAACGAGACCCUGGUGCCCGUACUGGACUUCUCGGACAACGGCAUAUCCGGGGUGGUGAACAGGUACCUGGUGGUGGCCCACGACGGUGGCCACGCCGUGGUGUACUUGGACGGCAACAAGGACAUGCUGUGCUCCCACAUCACGGGCGUGCCGUGCGACAAGUACUUCAACUCCGGCGUGAAUUUGCUGGGGCAGGCCGCGGAGAUGGUCCCGGAGCGCCUGGACCUCAUGUACUACGCCACCACCAUGGCCGACCAGCCGGAUUCCGCGCCCGCGGGGGCCGUCGGCGGCCAGCCCCGCGCCGGCGGCGGCGCCACGUCCACCGGCAACGUGAGCCUGGCGAUCGCGCUGGUGGCCUCCACUGCCAUGGUCCUCUCUGUGGCCGCCGGGCUGCUGUUUUGGCGGAUCAAGUCCAGGCGCGCCAGUGCCGACGGCGGCGGCUGGAAGGUCUCCAGCGCGCGCUCCACCAAGGACAGCCCCACGCCGCGGGCCACCCCCAGGUUGACGCCCAGGCAGAUCGAGGAGUGGCCCAUACCCAAGAUCCCCGGCGACAUGUCCUCCUCCUCCUUCAGCAACGCGCCCUCCGUGCUGAGCGGCCGCCAGUCCAUGACCGGCCAGGCGGCGUCCCCCGCCCUAACCAGCACGGGCUCCCUGCCCGGCUCCCGGGCCGGCGGCGUGGUGCCCCCCCUCCGCGGGGUGCCCACCGCGUCCCCCGGCCUCCCCCCGCUGCGCCUGCCCCAGGGAUCCCCCUUCUUCAUGCCGGCCGAUGGCGCGGACAACGCGGAGGAGUGGACGCCGAUCGACAUCGGCCUGUCGCCCGUCAGCCGCGGCACAUCUCCCGCCGGCUCGUCCAGCAGCGACGAAAGCGUCGUCCCCCCUCUCAGCGAUCGACCCGGCGUCGGGCGCCACUCCAUCGCCAGCUCUGCCGCAUUGGCGCAGCCGCUCUCCGGGCGCAGCGCAGCUUCCUGGAACGGCGAGGGCGCGAGGGGAUCAUCGUCGUCGACGAACGGCAAGGCAUCCGUGGGAAAGUCGUCGACCGGGUCGAAGAGGAGCGCCGUGGGGUCGCCGUCCUUUCAGUCGUGGCUCAGGUGGGGCGCCAUGGCCAUGGCCGACAGCCAGAUGUCCUGGUUCAUGGGGACGCCAAGGUCGGAGAACGGGCCGGGGUCGCCUGACAAGCCGGACUCGCCUCGCGACGGGCUCAAGUCCAUGUGA